GUGAUAUUAUAUAAAGUAUAAAAUUUUAUGUUUAUCCACCAUAAAAAAAUUCAAAGCGGAUUUUCCUACCUUUUAAUAGUUAAUCAGAGGAAUAGAAUUAUUGUGUGUAAACUGUGUUUAUCAUCAGAAAGGCGUCGAAAAUGAAACCUGCUACAUAAGCAAGAUAAGUAGGUGUAAUGACUACGAGACUGGAAUGAAGCAAAUCCUCCAAAACAUACCAAGGUGUUUAUAAAUCUUAUCAAGAAGCAGUAUUUAUUAAGGAUGUUUGGACCCCAGGAGCAGACAGAUACAUUGUUUAAAAAUAUAUGCAAAAUGCAAACCAGUAAAGUAAAUGAGGAAAAGAAGGAAUGUUGCUAUCAAUCAAAUAAAAGACUAUAUAGCUUUGAAGAUGCACCUAGUUUUCUAAAACAUAAUUCAUUUAUAUUAACAGGAUAUAGAGGCAUUAUGAAUACAAAUUUAUGUGUUGAAAGUAUAUUAUGGUGGACAAAUGAGACGGUCAAUAUUUGGUCACAUAUUUUUGGAUUGGUUCUCUUUGUAGCUCUAACAGUUCAAGAUCUCUUAUUAUUAAAAAUACAUGCUUCUAUGAGUGAUAAAAUAAUAGUAGGAGUUGUCUUAAUGUGUUUUCAGACGUGCAUGUUCCUUUCAUCUCUAUAUCACACUUUUAAUUGUCGCUCCGAGAAAGAUUGUGAUGUAUUUUUGGCAUAUGACUUAUUUGGAAUAGCAUUAUCUUUACUUGCUAUUUAUACAUCAGGAAUAUAUUAUGCUUUUUGGUGUAAUCAGGAACUUCAAUAUUUUUACCUUGCUUCAGUAACAAUAAUAUUUAUAUUUGCUAUGAUUCUGCAAAUUCCAAGUUUAAACGUUAAAAAUUGGAUAAAAAUGUUAAUUUUUGUUGGUUGGGCUGUUUAUGGAGUAAUUCCUACUUUUCAUUGGAGUAUUUUAAUGGGAGGAUUUGAAAAUCCAGUUGUUGCGCUACUCUUGCCGAGAGUGUUUGGAAUGUAUGUGAUUAGUGGAACGGCAUUUGUAAUAUAUCUUACAAAAAUACCAGAAAGAUUUUUAGCUGGAAAAUUCGAUUAUAUUGGGCAUUCACAUCAAUGGUGGCACUUUUUUGUGGUAGGUGCUUUAUAUUAUUGGCAUAAUACUGGGAUGAUGUAUGUGGAAUACAGAUUAAACCACGCAUGCUUCAGCAACAUGAAAUUACCGUAUUAAUUUUUUAAAUAUUGUUGGUUUAUUAAAAUUAGUACAUUUAUUAAGUAUACUUUUAUUAGUUAGUUAUAUAAUAUGCAUAUACUUGUUAAUAAACCAGGGCAAUCUGUGAGGUUUUGUAUUAUUUGAUAAAUUUGUAUAAAAUAAAUUUUAUUAUUUUGAUUUGUUAAUAAUGUGUUUACUUGCCUGGGUAACUAAAUUUUAAGAGCUAAACAGUAUAAUUUGGUAAAAU